AUGCGGCUGCUGACCUUUGACGAGGCAUUCUGCAUCACCCCCGAGGAGAGUGAGUUGCGCAGGUUGGCCAAGAAGUACAACGUAUCUCUGUUCGAGGUUGAAAGGUGCAAGAUCAUGUUCGACGAGUUGGACGAAAACCGCAGCGGCAGAAUCAGGAAACAGGAGUUCGAUAAAGUUCUUUGCAGGUGCGGCAACAUACCGCGGGACAUCGGCCUCUCCGCCUCGCGCAGACACUCCCUCUGGCUCCUGGCGGAUUCGAACCUGGACGGCAGCAUUGAUUUCGAGGAGUUCUUGAUCUUUAAUGUGAAUUACGUCGCCCCAGGAGCUGAGGGCUUCGCCGACUACUACAGGCGAUGA